AUGUCAGAUAGUAAGGCCACAAUUCUUUGUGUGCAAGAAACCAAAAGAGCUAAUUGGUGCGAAAAGUCGAUAGGUUCGUUAGGGGUUCCUGGGGAGGCAAGAUGGAUAGACUCCCCUUCACAAGGACUAUCAGGAGGCCUCUUGAUGGUAUGGGAUAACUCCAUUAUCAAGGCCAAAGAAUCAGGUUGUAGUCAAAACUGGCAAUGGAUUAUUGGUUCUACGGCAGGAAGCACUCAGGAUUUCUUAUGUGUUAAUGUAUAUGCCCCGCAAAAAGAGUACCCCCAAGCAGGAGUUGUGGGCUUUAACCGAAAAUCUUCUGAUCGUCGACCAAUUUUGCUAUCGAAUUCUAAAUCUGACUGGGGUCCCCGUCCAUUCAAAUUCUUUCACUGUUGGCUAAAAGAUGAAGCUUUUCUUCAUAAUCUGGGAAAAGUGUGGCAAGCUCAUCCAAAUUCCUCUAUUAGUUUCCGAUUCAAAGAGGUCAGAAAAUAUGCCAAAGAAUGGAACUUGACAUCUAAUGGAAAUAUAGAUGUUAAGAUCAAAAAUCUAGAAAAAGAGCAAGACAUUGCAGACGACUCUAAUGCGGCUCUGCCAACAAAGAGGAAGAUUGCUAUAGAUCUUGAGCAAGCGUAUGAGCAGAAAGCAAGCAUGGUGUGUCAAAUCUUAAGACUAAACUGGCAAUUACAUGGAGAGAGAAAUACGGGAUUCUUCCACAGAGCUAUCGCAGGUAGAAACAGAACCAGACUCAUACAUGGAUUACACGUUGGAUCAAAUUGGAUCACAGAACCAUCUUCCAUCAAGAGAAUUUUUCUGGAACAUUUCCGAGAUUUCUUUUGCAAAACCCCAAAUGCCCGCAUAUUUUCCCUCAGUCAAGGACUCCUGCCAACCUUAACUAGUGAAGAGAGCAAGCAAUUAGUUGAGGUCUUUUCUGAGAAGGAAAUCUGGAAUGCUCUGCAAGACACGGACUCAAACAAGGCGCCGGGGUCUGAUGGUAUCAACUCUGGGGUAUUAAAAGCUAUGUGGCAAACAAUCAAGGGUGAUAUCUGCAAAGCUUUUCACUUCUUCCAUUCAUCCGGUUUGAUUCCUUCAGGUUCAAAUUCUUCUUUCAUCGCUCUCAUCCCUAAAUCUAGCUCAGCUUCUAAUCCUUCAGAGUUUCGCCCAAUUUCAUUAAUGAAUACAAGUAUGAAACUCAUCUCAAAAGUCUUGGCAAGAAGGCUAAGUGCAUUCAUGAAUAAGCUAAUUUCCCCUACACAGACGGCUUUUGUUAAAGGUCGACAGAUUUCGGACGGUAUACUUAUCACUUUUGAAAUCUACCAUUCCUUGAAAUCAGGAAAAAGUAAGGGACUCAUUCUUAAAAUCGACUUUGCAAAAGCCUUUGACUGCAUCAACUGGGAAUUUUUGUUUCAUGUAUUGGAGGUCAUGCAGUUUGAUGUCAAGUGGAUCAAAUUGAUUCGAAAUUUGUUUGAUUCCUCAAGGGUUUCAGUCUUGGUGAAUGGCAGCCCAACGGAGGAAUUCCACCCAACAUGA